AGAGACUGCCGGACCCGGUGGGGAGGGCCGGGUCGGUUCUGUUCCGAGGACUUCUGAGCAUCAGCUGCAAGAUCUACCCUUGGCGCCAUGGUCUCUUCACCCAUAUGAGGAAAGGAUUAUGGUUCAUUCCUAGUAGCAAAACCUAUACAUCACAGGUUUUGAUGGUGGUAUAGAAAUGGGUGUGAUAGGUAUACAGCUGGUCCUUACCAUGGUGAUGGCCAGUGUCAUGCAGAAGAUUAUACCUCACUACUCUCUCGCUAGAUGGUUACUCUGCAAUGGCAGUUUGAGGUGGUGUCAACAUCCUACGGAAGAAGAAUUACGAAUCCUUGCAGGGAAGCAGCAAAAAGGGAAAAGCAAAAAAGAAAGGAAAUAUAAUGGCCACAUUGAAAGUAAGCCAUUAACCAUUCCAAAGGAUAUUGACCUUCAUCUAGAAACAAAGUCAGUUACUGAAGUGGAUACUUUCGCACUGCAUUACUUUCCAGAAUACCAGUGGCUGGUAGAUUUCACAGUGGCUGCUACAGUCGUGUAUUUAAUAACUGAAGUCUACUACAGUUAUAUGAAACCAACUCAGGAAAUGAAUAUCAGUGUCGUUUGGUGCCUGCUUGUUUUGUCUUUUGCAAUCAAAAUUCUAUUUUCAUUAACUACACACUAUUUUAAAGUAAAAGAUGGUGGUGAAAGAUCUGUCUGUGUUACCUUUGGAUUUUUUUUCUUUGUCAAAGCAAUGGCAGUGUUGAUUGUAACUGACAACUACCUGGAAUUUGGACUUGAAACAGGGUUUACAAAUUUUUCAGACAGUGCGAUGCAGUUCCUUGAAAAGCAAGGUUUAGAAUCUCAGCGUCCUGUUUCUAAACUUACUUUCAAAUUUUUUCUGGCCAUUUUCUGUUCACUCAUUGGGGCAUUUUUGACAUUUCCUGGAUUACGGCUGGCUCAAAUGCAUCUGGAUGCCUUGAAUUUGGCAACAGAAAAAAUUACACAGAUCCUACUUCAUAUCAACUUCUUGGCACCUUUGUUUAUGGUUCUCCUCUGGGUAAAGCCAAUCACCAAAGACUACAUUAUGAACCCACCUUUGGGGAAAGAAAGUAUUCCUUUAAUGUCAGAAGCUGCAUUUGAUACUCUGCGACUGUGGAUAAUAGUCCUGCUCUGUGUUUUGCGAUUGGCCAUGAUGCGUAGUCACAUGCAAGCUUACUUAAACUUAGCCCAGAAAUGUGUGGAUCAGCUGAAGAAAGAAGCAGGACGAAUAAGUACUGUUGAGCUACAGAAAAAGGUGGCUCGAGUCUUCUGUUACCUUUGUGUCAUUGCACUGCAGUAUGUGGCACCCCUGGCAAUGCUGCUUCACACGACGCUGCUUUUGAAAACACUAGGUAAUCAUUCCUGGGGGAUUUGGCCAGAAACUAUUUCUUCUUUGCCAGUUGAUAGCGGUCUAACCUCCAAUUCUGUUUACUCUGAAUUGCCAUCUGCUGAUGGGAAGAUGAAGGUAACUGUUACACAAAUAACAGUGGCACUGAGCAGCUUAAAAAACAUUUUUACUCCUCUGCUUUUCCGAGGACUUCUGUCUUUUUUGACAUGGUGGGUUGCUGCUUGCCUCUUUACUACAAGCCUUUUUGGACUUUUCUAUCACCAGUACCUGACUGUGGCAUGAACCUAAGUUGACAACAAAGGACAUACGAGUCACACUUUGAAUUCAAAUAUCUGUGUCAUUGAGGAGUUGAAGAAAACCAGAAGAAAGCAAACACAAAGGAAAAAAUGCAUAUCAGAAAUACCUUCUUGUUUUAAACUUUUCCUCUGUAUUCUCAGGGUGAAUUGAUGUUGUAAUAUGUAAUAUCAUAGAGUAUAUUGUUAACUGUUGUACUUUGGCAUUGGAAUUUUAACUCUUUGUAUUAACAGAUGUGAGAGGGCUAUUUACAAGGGUAAUACAUCUGAUUACCUUGGUUUACAGAACCCCCUAGCAGUCUUGGAAACAUUUCAUAGGAUUCCAGUUAUUGAUUGAUUGCUCUUAAUGGUAUUAAGGUACUGUUCACACUCAAUAGUAGCUACCUAUAGAAGAACAUUCUUCAAACUGAGCCAUGCUUUGGGGGAAGGAGGGGCAAAGGUCUCUUCUGUUGGUAGUGUUUUCUCCUCAAACAACAGCUACAAAUCCAACAGAAAGGAAGAAAUAGCUACUGUAUAUUACAGUAAAGCAAGCUGCAGAGUUAUUUUAAAUGUAAUGGAGAUGUACAUGCUUGAUAACAGGUUUUGCUACUUGAGAGUAGCCAGAGUGUUGUUUUAAAAUGUAUCCCACACAACUUAAAGAGUUCUUUUGUAAUGAUUGGCCAUAGGAGCACUUGCUGUCAUGAUUUUAGGUUUGGGCCUUCCAUAUUUCAUUUCAUUCUAUGAACCUCAGUAGUUCUUUUUAAUAGUCUAAAAAUAUUUAUCAAUAGUGAUCAGAAUUUUCAAUUACUUUGUAAUCCUGCUGACUACUUGUAUGUAUUGUAUAUAUAUAUUAUAUAUUAAAUAUAUAAUAUAUUGAGGUUAUAAAAGAUGAAAAUAUUGGAUCCUUAUAAUUUAAGUUGCUGAAUAUAUGUUUUAAAAAUGUGAUUGAAUGAGAUGUAUUUGUGUCUAGAAAAUUUUUCUUUUUGGAAUGAGAUUAAAAUACAUUUUGAAAGUUCA